AUGUCCAAGCUCGGCUUUGCGCGCUUCUGCUCAGCAAAGUACACUGACCAGGUGUCGGAGCUGGACAACGCCUUGGUGCACCUCACAAACGUCGCCGUGCAAAAGGGGGCGCCCGGCCACGAUCCAGACGGCCCAGGCGGCAAGUGGGCGCUGGAGAACCUGCGGCUGCACCUGGAGGCAAUUCGAGGCCACGCGGCGACAGAGGCGCUGUUCGCCGACAUCGAGGCGCUGGUGGUGCACACCCUGCGCGCGGUGCAGCCCGUGAUGGUCAAUGACAAGCACUGCUUCGAGCUGUACGGCUUUGACGUCAUCCUGGACGACGCCCUCAAGCCCUGGCUCAUAGAGGUCAAUGCAAGCCCAUCGCUCAGCACCACCACCAAAGCCGACCGCCUGCUCAAGUCCCGCGUAAUCUCGGACGUGCUGGACGCCGUGACGCCGCAGGAGUGGUCGUCGGGGCCGCUGGCGCCGCAGAAAGUGGCGGUCGACCGGGGGGCGGGCGAGCUGGCGCAGGCGGCGCCAGGGCUGCUGUCAAACGCUGCGUCAGCAUGCGGGGGCCGCCAGAUCAUCGGAUCUUUCGAGGUCGUCUGCGACGAGGCGCAGGACUCUCAGCUGCUGCAGCGCCUGCGCAAGGAGGCGGCCGCCGCCGCCGCGGCCGCGACGCACGCGCCAGUGCCACCGCCCGCGUCGCCGGCGCGGCAGCGGGCGCUGCUGCAAGGGGGAGUGCGCCCGAAAGCGGUGGAGCCGGACAAGAAGCUGCUGCUGCGCUGA